CACAGCGGCACCGGUCCUGCGCACGAGCAGUGAGUCCUUUCACAGCGGCGCAGCAGUGAACGUCUCCGAUCCUUUCAGAAGCAGCGCGGCAGAAGCUCACGCGCGGACACGGACGAGCCAGAUGGCGGGAGCGCAGCCGGGAGUUCACGCGCUCCAGCUCAAGCCCGUUUCAGUGCCCGAGAGCCUGAGGACCGGCGACAAAUUCAUAAAAUGGGACGAUGACUGCACCACAGUUACACCCGUGACGCUGCGUGUUGACCCGCGGGGCUACUUCCUGUACUGGACCGAUCAGAAUAAGGAGACCGACCUGUUAGAUGUCUCACUCAUCAAGGAUACGAGAAAUGGGAGGUUUGCCAAGACGCCAAAGGAGGCCAAGCUGCGAGAGCUCCUGGAUGUGGGGACUCUGGAGGGGAAGCUGGAGGACAGGACACUCACAGUGGUCAGUGGUGCGGACAUGGUCAAUAUCACCUACCUGAACUUUACGGCCUUCAGCGAAGAGGUGGCCAAGGAGUGGGCUGAGGAGCUUUUUAGCUUGGCAUCAAACCUGCUGGCACAGAAUUUAUCCAGAGAAUCCUGUCUGGAGAAAAUGUACACAAGACUGACGUUACAGCUGACAGCCGAGGGUGGCAUUCCUGUGAAAAAUAUUUUCCGUCUGUUCUCGGCUGACAGACGAAGGGUUGAAAAUGCUCUGGAGGUCUGCAGCCUUCCAACAGGAAGAAAUGACACGAUUUCUCAGGAUACAUUCACAUCUGACGUAUACCGACAGCUACUCAACAACAUUUGUCCGCGGAACGACAUCGAUACGAUUUUCUCAGAAAUUGGUGCUAAGAUCCGGCCGUACCUCACCGUAGAACAGAUGACAGACUUCCUGAACAACAGACAGAGAGACCCUCGUCUGAACGAGAUCCUGUUCCCGCCCCUUAAAGCCGAGCAAGUACAGGGAUUGGUGGAGAAAUACGAGCCUGACACCAUGCUUUCACAAAGAGGGCAGAUCUCGGUGGAGGGCUUCGGCAGAUAUCUGAGCGGAGAAGAGAACAGUAUCAUCCCUCCAGAGAAGCUGGACCAGAGUGAAGACAUGACGCUGCCACUCUCGCAUUACUUCAUCAACUCCUCACACAACACCUACCUCACAGCGGGUCAGCUGGCUGGAAACUCGUCUGUGGAGAUGUACCGGCAGGUUCUGCUGUCCGGCUGUCGCUGUAUAGAGCUGGACUGUUGGAAGGGCCGCACCGCAGACGAGGAGCCGUUCAUCACACACGGCUUCACCAUGACCUCAGAGAUCUCCUUCAAGGAGGUGAUUGAGGCCAUCGCAGAGAGCGCCUUCAAGACAUCUCCGUUCCCUGUCAUCCUGUCCUUCGAGAAUCACGUGGACUCUCCCAAACAGCAGGCAAAGAUGGCAGAGUAUUGCCGAUCAAUAUUUGGAGACGCAUUGCUCACAGACACACUGGAGAAAUACCCUUUGGAGGCUGGUGUUCCUCUUCCGAGCCCUGUGGACUUGAUGGGCAAGAUCCUCAUCAAGAAUAAGAAGAAUUCCCACAAAGCCGAUGGCAGCACCAAGAAGAAGCUCUUAGAGCAAACGUCCAACCCCUGCAGCGACACGUCCAGCUUGUGUGAGCCCUCGUCUCCCAGCGCAGGGUCGACACAUCAGGAGAUUCACAUCAGCAUUCAUGCAGACGGGAGCGAUGGAGGUGAAAGAAGAUUGCAGGGAAUGAAGUCGAUUGAUAAAACGACAGAGUCUCUAUCACAUAACACAGGUCUGGCCGAUGAAAAAGGAGAAGCAGACGCAGAGAGUGAUGCAGAAGAAGAGAACGAUGAAAGUAAGAAGUCUAUGGAUGAGGGGACGGUAAAUGAAGCCUUCGCCACAGAGGAGAUGUCCAACUUAGUCAACUACAUUCAGCCUGUUAAAUUCAACUCCUUCGAGGCGUGCAAAAAAAUCGAUCGAAGUUAUGAGAUGUCGUCGUUUGUGGAGACCAAAGCGCUGGAGCUGCUCAAAGAAGCGCCGGUGGAGUUCGUCGAGUAUAAUAAACUGCAGCUGAGCAGAAUUUAUCCCAAAGGAACUCGAGUCGACUCCUCCAACUACAUGCCUCAAGUCUUCUGGAACGCCGGAUGUCAGCUGGUGGCUCUGAACUUCCAGACCAUAGAUCUGCCCAUGCAGCUGAAUCUGGGGAUAUUUGAGUACAACGGGAAAUGUGGCUACAGACUGAAGCCAGAGUUCAUGAGACGGACGGACAAACAGUUUGACCCGUUCACUCAGAACACAGUGGAUGGGAUCGUAGCACACACGCUGUCUGUGAAGAUCAUAUCCGGUCAGUUCCUGUCCGAUAAGAGAGUCGGCGUUUACGUGGAGGUGGAAAUGUUCGGCCUUCCGGUGGACACCAAACGGAAAGCGUUUAAGACCAAGACGUCUCAAAGCAAUGCCGUCAAUCCGGUGUGGGAUGAAGAUCCGGUGGUCUUCAAAAGAGUGGUUCUUCCCACGCUGGCGUCAUUGAGGAUAGCCGUGUACGAAGACAACGGGAAGUUUAUCGGCCAUCGCAUCAUCCCAGUAUGUGCCAUCCGACCCGGAUAUCAUUACAUCAGUCUGAGGAACGAGAAGAACCAGACGCUGACGCUUCCAUCCGUCUUCGUCUACACUGAGGUCAAGGACUACGUCCCAGACACUUUUGCAGAUGUGAUCGAGGCUCUGUCCAAUCCCAUCCUGUACAUCAGUCUGAUGGAGCAGAGAGCCAAUCAGCUGGCGGCUCUGACACAGGAGGAGGGAGCGCAGGAGGCCGACAGAGAAGAGGUCGAUGGUGGAGGAGAUCCUGUGUCAGAGGUCAAGACUGACUCUAAACCCGCCGCAGAGAACGGGCUGAACAACGACAACAUCUCGCCCAAAUCAUCUGUGGUCAGUCACCAGACGUCAUCUUCAGGCUCGGUCAAACCUGCUGUGAAGUCUGAGGAUGUGGUCCAGAGUGUUUUAACAGAGGUGGACGCUCAGACUGUAGAUGAACUGAAACAGAUGAAGGCUUAUUUGAGGGAGCAGAAAAAGCAGUACAAAGAACUGAAGGAGCUCAAGAGGAAACACAACAAGAAAACCAGCGAUCUGAUCAACGAACAUGCGUCCAGACAGAAGCAGCUGCGCAGCGACUUCCUCCGGCGCAGGUCUGCACUGCAGAAGAGGAGUGUGUCGGAUCAGGAUCAGGAUCAGGAUCGGGAUCGGGAUCUGCUGGAGCAGGAGCAGGACAGGUGUGAGAGUGAACUGAAGGAACAGCAGCAGCAGCAGCUCCUAACACUCAAACAGGAGCAGUUCUACAGCGAGAAGUACCUCAAACGAGAGCACCUCAAACUGCUUGUUGAGAAGCUCACGUCCGUGGCAGAAGAGUGUCAGAAUAACCAGCUGAAGAAACUGAAGGAUCUGUGUGAGAGAGAAAACAAAGACUUGAAGAAAAGGAUGGACAAGAGACGUCAGGAGAAGUUUCAAGAAGCUCGGACGCUGGAGAAGACUCUGACUGAGGAGAAAAAGAUGGAGAUGAACAGAUCCCACGUGAACGAGGUGGUGCAGUCCAUCAAGCGGCUGGAAGAAGCUCAGAACAAACGACUGGAGAGAUUGCUGGAAAAACAUAAAGAUGUUCGACAGCAAAUCCUGGACGACAAAGCAACGGAGGACGGAUCACAGGAAGUGGAAGCUCCAGAGCGAGCUGGACCAGGAAUAUCAGGACAAGUUCCGGAGACUUCCAGUGGAAAUCCAAGAAUUCGUGCAGGAUUCUGCUGCUUGUAAAGGCAAGUUAAGCCAAGACUGUGACUUUCUUCCCAUGUCCAGAAGCUCAAGCAGGUGAAUCUCUCUCCAGAUGAAGACGUGGAGCAGCGGUCGUCAGAGGAAGAGUCUGCUGCACCUUUAUAAACAUGUUUUUAUACUUCUCAUGCUGUCGAGUUUUCCCUGAUUAAAUGUGCACCUUUUAGUGUGAUGACUUACUUGAACAAUGUUAAAAAUAAUUUUCCUCUUUUUUUUCUUACUUUUAAAAAGUCUUCAGAAGAACUUGCUGCUUAUAUGGAUCUAAAUAUGUGUUUAGAUGAGCUUCACUGUUGCUCUCUUAAUGAUUUUAAACAGCUCUUCAAGUCUUUAAUAUGAACUUUAGGCUCUACUUCGCUCAUAUGUUAUCAUGGACCGUUCUGCCACAAUUUAGAGUUUGUAUGAAUUCAGUUUUUAAUAACAUAACAACGUGGACAUGAAACAUAAAGGCAAAAAAUCAUUAAUUUGCUUGCAUGUUAUUGUACAAACAUCUGAUGUGGUAGGAAAACAUUAUUUUUCCAUAUAUAUAUAUAUAUAUAUAUGUUAAGAUGAACAUUUGGCAGAAUUACACUGUGGUCAAAGUGUUCAAAGUCAUUCUCUGGGAUUCGAACCCAUGACCUCGAUGUUGCUAGCGCUUGAUCUGCUUAAUAAAGAUGUUUAACAGAUUCCUGUGCCAAUAUUUGAUCUCAAAUGCACUGUGGGACAAUGUUUAACUGACCGAGUCUCGACUGGACGAUGUUGUGAUGUGAAGAUGAAGUGAAGACCGUCACUGAUGUGAUGAGUGUGCAGCGGUGGUCAGAAGAUAACAUGCACCUCGCAGAGUCUGCAGAGGAACUAAAUACGAGGGAUCAUACAAAAUACAUGUUUUUAUUUAGUACCGAGCUGAAUAAGAUAUUUCACAUAUAGUCCACAAGAAUAAUAUAAUAGUUGGAUUUAUAAAAAUUAGCCCUUUCAAAAGUUUACACACUCUGGAUUUUUAAUACUGUUGUUAUCUGAAUGAUUUCUAAUUUAGUGAUGUGUUGAUGAGUCCCUUGUCUGCCAGCAGUGACUGUGAUUUAGAGAUCCAUCUCUUCACACAAGGUUCAGACGCUCGCUGAUGCUCCAGAAGGACAAACCAUGCACUUUUUGGAGAAACUGCAAAGUGUAUGUAAAGUUUUGACCACAACUGUACUGACCAGUGGAGGAGGUGAAGUUUAGUGUGUGAAAGACUCGAUGCUGCCAGUUUCUGAGCUUCUUUUAUCACUGUUUUAUAUUGACAGCACUAGUGCCACGAACACCUGAGACGUGUCUGUAGAUGAUCAUGUCUCACUCGAGUCCUGUGCUUCUGAACACAUUUAUCUUCUGAAUGCAUCAUGUGUACGUUGGUCUUUGUAAUAAAACAUCACGUCUGUGGACGUCUAGUGCACUACUGAGUAAAGCUUGUGACUGGCUGUAUUUCAGAGAAAUGCUAUAUUAUAUUUGAUGCACUUCUCAAGUUUCUCCACGCUGAUGUUGAUGUACGUGAAGCUUUUAGAAAUCAUGUCAAGUGUAAGAGGGUUAUAAAUAACUGUGGAUGAAAUAAAUGUUGCUUGUGUCUCGA